UGAGAUUAUGCUAUUACUGUCAAUUGCAUAUAUCCUAUCGCAACCAGCCAACCAUCAAUCACUAUCUACGCAGCCGAAUUUUUGACAAGAUCUAUAGCCAGCAAAACAGAGUUCAAUAUCAGAUCCUGGCAGGGUGAAGCGCACCAGCUACAACAGAUCCACUGCAAGCUUGUGCCGGAAACAUCAUCAUGGAGGUGAUGAAGAGGAAGAAUGCUUCCAAGGCUUCUCGCAACAUGAACAGUUUGCCUGAUGAGAUCAUUGUAAUAGUUCUUUCCUUUGUAACUAUUUGUGAAGCCGCACGUACCAGUGUCCUUUCUCGUAGAUGGAGACAUUUAUGGAGGUCCGCUUCUCGUACUUUGGCUUUUGAUUCUGCUGCUGUUGGAAGUGGUGAUGAUGCUUUUGUUUCUUUGGUAACCCAAGUUAUGGCAUUGCAUCGCUGUUCAAACAUAGAUAAGUUAAGCAUUCGCCUGAACCUCCGUUCACCUAACGUCACCGAUCUCGUGAUAUGUGAUUGGAUUGAAUUUGCUGUGCAAAGACAAGUGAUAAUUUUUGAACUGGAAGCUUCUGGUGAUAUCAGUGUGGUGGAGUCUUGGAGUCACUUAGAACCCAACUUCAGUGCCCGGGCUAAUAUUAAUUAUGUCCCUGCAGAUUUGUCUUCCUGCUGUUAUAAUUUCCCUGUUUUGGAGAAGUUGUUAACGUUGCCCCUCUCUAACCGGAGCUGCUUUGCUUCCUUAACAUCCUUGAAGCUUGUUAACUUUAACAUUGACGACGAGACCAUGGAUUACAUUCUAUCCAAUUGUUCGUUUCUCGGACGAUUGUAUUUAAAAGGUGGAACAGGUUUGAGGAACCUGAAUGUUGUUAACUCUCCCUCCCUCAAGUACUUGACUUUAGGUUCUUGUUGGGAUUUGAUAAAAUUGAAGGUUUCGGGUGCAAAUCUUGUGUAUUUUGAGUACAAGGGGUAUCGUGACCAUCCUAGAUUGAUGAUAGGCUUUUGCUUUGAAAAUGUCCCUCUCCUGUCUGAGGUUAUCAAGGACACAAGUUAUUUCAUGUCUUUUCUUAGCAGGAAGUAAUUGCAUGAAGUGUAUUCAAAUCAAUUGGAGAAGGUGGCCAUGCAUAUUUCUCGUCCGGUUAGAAUUAAUGACCAUCUUUUUUCUUUCUUUUUGUUAUUAUAUAUUUGUGAAUAAUGCAUUCUUGUUAACCAUUUCAAUUAUACUUUUGCCUUUUACAAAAAAAAAAAAAAUUAUACUUUUGCUUUGAUCAGGAAGAGAUUUAUUGUGGCAUUUCUCAUUUUGUUCGCGAUCUCCCCCACAUGAGGAGUCUCAAACAGCUUGAUAUGUUUAUUGGCACGACUCCGCCGGCAACUCUAAUAGUUUUUGUGGGGUUUGUUAGAGCGUGUCCUUUGUUGUCUACCUUAUCCGUCCAGGUACUUACUUUCAGGUGCAUGUACGAUGCAAAUAUAUCUGAGCUUUUGGUUGUUCUUCCUUCUAUAAAAUGGUUUUUACCCAAGUGGCUUGGCAUUUUCUUUGCCUUUUAACUCUGUGUUUAGCAAGCUGCCUCGCAUUUUGUUUGUGUAUGCUUAAAUGUUUCUUGACUACUGGGGUCUUUGUCUUGUUUUAACAAUUGUUAUUGGGUUCUUGUGGCAGUUCCAUGAGUCGAAAAUAGUGGAUCCACUAUAUAUGGUAUGGACUACUUCAAUUUUUUUUUGUAACCAGUAAAUGGUCAUUUCAAUAACCAAUUUCACAUCAGGACCACUUUUCAGAACUAAAAUACUUUUUUGGGAAAAAUGUAAACAUUAUAUUAACCAGCACCUAAAAGGGAUUCUGUUGCAUUGUCAUGUGGGAAGAACUGAUUAAAUAUUGGUAAACCUGUCCAUCUCAUCUCAUUUAUGUUAUAACCUUUGAUUCGACUUCCAACUUCAUUCUGAAUGAUUUUUCUCCAUUCCCUUCUUGGCCUUAUGCAAUCUCAGAUUACAUUUCUCCGGACAUGAUAAAUACCUAAUCGUUUUCUCCAAUCUAACCAGAAGACGGAUUGUUUGGCAGAUUGCAUUUAGCCCAAAUACACUUAGCAUCCUUCAUUUUCCUUACUUUUUAACUUCAGACGAAAGAAAGUUGUAUUCAUCUUCCCUGACUGGAUCCACUCGUCUUUUGCUUUAUGUCUGAGAAAACUAUCAACAGCUUUGCUUAAUGAUAUGGACUCCUCACAAACUUCCUUCUUACCUGUUGUAGCCUUAUAUCCCCUGGGAAAAGAUUCUUGUAAUUCUUUGAGGGCCUCUUGUGCAGCUUUAGCUUUCACCUCUGUAUCAGCAAAAUGGUCCCGAUUCAGCUGUUUUAUACUGGUUUUAACCUUUUGCGUUUACAAGCCACCUGAUACAUUAUAGUACCAAAAACGGCUACUUUCCAACUCUCCUCGACAACUUCUGAAAAUUGAGAAUACUAACUCCAUGAUUGAAGUACUUCAUAAAUUUAUGAUACGCCUAUCGUAUCGUAAGAUACAUUCUAAUAUAAUAAUAUGUAUAAAUAAUAAUGAAUAUCUUAGAUUUCAUAUGUAAUUGAAAAUUUAUGCAUAUUAUUUAGUUUUCAGUUAUUGACAAAUAAAUAUAUUAUAAGUUGAGUUCAAAAUUAUUUGAAAGUUACACAAAUUACUCAUGCAUUACAUGAAUAAUGGUUGUAAAAACAUUGCUGGUACAUCUUACUUCGCCUUAUCACCUUAUACAUUUAUUUUUUAUUAUUUUAUUUUUAUUUUUUGUAACUAAUUAAUGUUUUUGACGUGACCAAUAUUUAUAUACUGUUUUCUGAAAAUUUUUUAUCUUAUUAUUUGUCUUUUGUAAAUCAAGAAUACAAAAAGUAAUCCCAACCACAGUAAGUAGAAUAAAAAACGAGUAUGUAAAUGGAUGAAACUGACCCAACUCCCACAUAAUUAUUUGUCUUUUUUCUUCCUUCUUCAUCCUUUGUGAUACAGGAGAAGAUGCUUUGAUUGUUUAUACGCAGUAGUAACCGAGUCAAGCAGCGCUAUAGUCAUAGGCGUUUAAAAGUGGUGACAUUGACUGACUUCACUGGUAAAAGUGUCGAAGUUGAGUUUGCAGUGGACUUGGUUCAGAUGUGCAAGUCUCUGGAGAAAUUAAUUAUCAAAACUAAGAAGCAGAAUAACAAACAGCCACCGGUGCCAAUAAUUGGAGGUGAAGAAAGCUUGAAGAUGGUAAAGGAUAGUCUACCGGAUGGUGCUGAAAUGGUGAUUGAGUAACAUAUGUAGUGUAUCUAUAUGUAUUCAAAACCCACCUUCUUGUUGCAUGAUACGGAGAAUAUAAAUGCAAUCCUAGUCUGCCGCAUUCGGUGGAAUUUGGUUUGGCACUAUGGAGAUUUAUCCGAUGACAGUUGAGUUAUAAGGAGUUGGUUCUUGACCACAUUGUAGCAAUAAUCACUCUUAUGAAACUGUAUUCCACUGCCCUUGUAUUACAUUAAGCAUUUUAUGCUAUCGCACAGUAGCAUCGGCCUUAUUCUACACUGAAGGAAGUUGUAACUUCUUAGUAGUCAUCAGAAUGUUGUUAGAUGGGCGCACCGAAUGCUGGAAAUCUUGGUGAUCAUCAUAACCAUCCAUACGAAUAUUGUUAACACCGUGGUUAACAUGAGUAGUUUUCUAAAUUUUUUUAUAGAGAGUAACAAUAAAUUCUUGGCAUAAAGUAGACACG